AUGCACUACUCAGAAGAAAGCCCGAACAAGCCGGCUCAGGAAGUUAGUUAUGUUCAAAAUCAGCAGCAGCGAAACUACAACCAUAACACCGGUUAUCAAAACCUGCAAUCAGGUACUUCUUAUCCCUCAUCUUCAUUUAAUACUAACACCUAUGGGUUUGGUGGCAAUAGGUUCAGCAGGUUUAGCAAUCAGCAAAAUGCGAACGCUGAAUUGAGAGAAAUCAUGAAUGACUUGAUCAGUGCUCAGAAAGCAACCAACGAGAAAGUGGAAGAACAAUCCAAGAAGAUUACUUCUGCAUGGGAUUCUAUGACUACUCGUUUGGAUGGUUUGAAUCAUAAGUUGGAGCAAAGUACAAAGAGCACUCACGCUACAUUUCAAGAUAUAGAAGCUAAGCUCGAAAGGCUAGGAAAUUCUAACAGGCAGCCCGGUACACUACCGAGCAAUACUCAACAAAAUCCUAAGCAUCAGCAGAAUAACCAAGGAUCGGGAUCGAAGUACAGCCAUCCGAAUGUUCGAAACGAGCAAGUGAAUGCAAUCACAAUAAGAGCAGGUAAUACUUAUAAUUCUGCAAAUCCUUUACCUAGUGAUAUUACUCCUCUUGCGCAGGUUGAAGCUGAUGAAGCUGUUGAUGAUGAGAUUGAGAUGGAGCCGAACCCAGCCGUGAAGACACCGACCGUUCCAUCCAAGACUGUUGAGAAGACUACUUUUGAGAAACCACCGGUUACGCCGUAUCAACUGAAGAUACCGUUUCCUCAACGAUUGUGGAAAGCGAUGAUCAAGGAGAAUUUCAAGAAGUAUGCCAAACUAUGCAAAGUUUCUAAAGGAACUCAUCUCGGACAAGAAGAAGCACUAGCCGAUCUAGGCGCUAGCAUUAACUUAAUGCCUUAUUCUGUUUACAAAAAGUUGUCGUUAGUUGCAUUGACCCCUACCCGCACGAGUAUUAGGCUCGUGAAUCCAUCAUUCCAAUAUCCCAUGGGGAUAGCGAAAGAUUUGCAGAUUAAGGUGGGUCAUAUGAUUUUUCUGGUUGAUUUUGUUAUUCUCGAAAUGGAGGCGGAUGUUAAUGUCCCUCUGAUUCUCGGCCGACCAUUCCUCAUGACCGCGGAUGCUAUCAUCCAGGUUAAAGAUAAGGAGAUUUCCUUAGGCGUCGCUGAUGACAGGGUUAUUUUUGAUGUUGAUAGAGCUCUCAAGCACCCUUACUCGUGUGAUGAGUCUUGUUUCAGGAUUGAUGUUGUUGAAGAGGAAGAUGCUUUGGAAAAGGAGCUCAUGGAUUUCUUGGAUACGGAAGAAGGUGAAGCAUUGCUAGCUUGCAGUGAAGAAGAACAAGAAUUGGUUGGUGAGAUGGUGCAAGAGAUCAUGGCAUUGAGUAUUGAUAAAACGCCACUGGAAGAUGAAACUUUUGAAGAAAUCACCAUUAGUGGUAGCACACGGGUGCUAACCUCGGUAGAGAAUCCUCCUAUCGAUUUGGAACUCAAACUGCUUCCGGACCAUCUCGAAUAUGCAUAUCUUGAAGGUACAUCUUUCUUACCUGUUGUUAUUUCAUCUUCUUUGAUGGAGGAUUAA